CCCAUCUUCCGGAACCACAAUAAAUUGGAGCUGGGGGUGACGGAAGUUUGUAGUUCCUCAACAUCCGGAACCCCUCCUACUCUAGAGGCCGCUCAUUGGCUGGGUCUCUCCGCCUCAAUCCAACGUACUUUGCGCCUUUCCGUAGCAAAGAUGGCGGCGCCCGCGCUGCGCGCCGGCCAUCGCCGGCUUGUCCGCCUGAGGCCUCUCAUGCCCCGACCUUUAGCCACUGAGAAAGGGCGGCAACUCCACGAGCAGUGGCUAGAGCCGCAGACCCGAGCGAGACCGGCGGCCGCCAAAGGGCUGCUGGCUGCUCAGUGUCAGCGGGGCCUUUUCCGAGAGAUCUUCCCGCCCCAGGCCGCCGAGGAGCAGCUGCCCGAGCUCCUCGCGCCGGGCCGCGCGCCCGUGACCGUUUACUGCGGCUUCGACCCGACGGCCGACUCGCUCCACGUGGGGCACCUGCUGACGGUCAUGGGCUUGCUGCACUUCCAGCGCGAGGGGCACGACGUCAUCGCGCUGGUCGGCGGGGCCACCGCGCGCCUAGGGGACCCCAGCGGCCGCACCAAGGAGCGCGAGCCCUUGCCCGAGGAGCGCGCGCAGGAGCAGGCCAGGGGCUUGCGCGAGGGGCUGCAGCGGCUCUUCGAGCACCACCGCGAGCUCUUCUGGCCGGCGGGGAACGCGCGCCUGGGCCGCGCCACGGUCCUCGACAACGCCGGCUGGCUGGAGCGCCAGCCUCUCAUCGCCUUCCUGUGCGGGAUCGGCGGGCACCUGCGGAUGGGCACCCUGCUGAGCCGGCAGAGCUGCAAGGCCCGCAUCACCAGCCCCGAAGGCAUGGGCCUGGCCGAGUUCCUCUACCCGGCCCUGCAGGCUUACGACUUCCUGCACUUGUACCGCCACUACGGCUGCCGCAUCCAGUUGGGAGGAGCUGACCAGAUAGGCAACAUCAUGUCUGGAUACGAGUUUGUCUCCAAGGUGACAGGGGAAGAUGUGUUUGGAAUCACCGUGCCUCUUAUUACAAAUACUACAGGAAAUAAACUGGGAAAGUCUGCUGGUAAUGCGGUCUGGCUUAACAGAAAUAGGACCUCUCCUUUUGAGUUGUAUCAGUUUUUUGUUAGACAGCCAGAUGACACUGUAAAAAGGUACCUGAAACUAUUUACUUUCCUCCCUCUUCCGGAAAUUGAUCAUAUUAUGGAAAUGCAUGCUAAAGAGCCAGAGAAGCGGGGACCUCAGAAACGACUUGCUGCUGAAGUAACUAAACUUGUUCAUGGCAAGGAAGGUCUGGAAUCUGCUAAGAGAUGUACCAGAGCCCUUUAUCACAGCAACAUAGAAGUGUUAGAGACUAUGUCUGAUCAAGAAUUACAGGAACUCUUUAGAGAAGCACCAUAUGUUGAGUUGAUGCUUGAACCUGGAACAACAGUACUUGAUUUGUGUCAGAAAGCCAAUGCUAUUGCAGAUGGACCAAGAGGGUAUCAUGACAUAACAUGUGGUGCAGUUUCUAUAAACCACCUUCAAGAAAGGAAUCCUGAUGCUGUUCUUAUUAUUGGACAGCAUAUUCUCAAUAAUGGCUUAUCACUACUUAAGAUUGGAAAGAAAAAUUACUACAUUGUGAAAUGGCUUCAGUUAUCACAUGAAGAUUAAAAUGAAGUCUUUGGGUAUGUCAAACUGCAUUUCUCUUCAAGGACAGUUGGCUUUUCUGAACUAUGUACAUCACAACUCACAGGAUCAGUGGGACAUUUGUGAUGUAAAUUGCAUUUUCUCACUGUGUGAGACAUUGGUUAUUUGUAUCAUGUGGAUGCGGGAUAGCAUUUUAUAUUUAAAUCAAACACCUGCAAACUUACGGUUAUAAAUUGCUGUCAAAAAAUGUAGCGUGAUGCAGAACUACUUAUAAAUAUUGGUAGAAAAAGCAAAGAUUGAAAAGAAUGAUUACAAUAAAGGCAGCAUAAUGAAUCCUUAA